UAUCACGAUAUAGAAAUUUGCGAUAUCCGUAAUCUGCGCGCGUCGAUCCCGCAAAACGUCAAAUUUAGGACACCAGAAAGGGAGGGAAACGUAACAGCGGGAAUAAGGUGGUUGCCCCCUCCCCCCCUCCCCAAGGAACUCGAAAGUAGGGGAGCGCUAACUACGAAAAGUAAACUGCGCGUUUUCCUAACUUCCUAGUUAGAUCAGGUCGUUCACACCUGCGCAUCUCGCGCGAGACACCACAAUAAUCCCGUCAACCGUUAUUCAUUAUAAACACGCCUAAAGAUCUUCCCUUAUCGGACUACCUCGAAAAGUCUAUAAAUAGCACGAAUGACUCUCAAGUUUCUAUUACAAGACUUCCCCGUCUUCCUUCUCCCUGUCCGUCCCACCAUCCGCCGAUCCCUCGAAGUGACGAGUCCCCAACUCCCAAAUGGAACUCUACCACGCGGUUCGCCUAUCGCCAACGACCAACGAGCCAGGAAACAGAACAGGUGGGUCGGAUUCUUUUUGAAUCAAGAUGGAAUAAUCUGUGUUACCUGUCUACCUGACGAUCCGACAAUCCGCAGAGGGAUGAAAGGGAAAGACGGCGCGGGGAAAGGAAAGAAGAAUGAAAGAGGAGGAAGAGGAGGGGAACAUGAACAAAGGGCGUAUUCACGCGUCAAAAGUCACCACAGCGUGACGAUAGGGUGGUCCAUGAAGAGAAACCUGUGGGACCUACUUCGGCAUUUCAGCGCCACGAGCACUUGUCGCACGGUUGACUGUUUGUUCGCCCGACAAAAUGGCGACGCUUUUUUUAGGGACUACAUGAUCAUACUAUAUCAGCGAUAUUUGACUUUUCAAUUAUCGAAACAUUCGAUUGUUUCGAAAUAA